GAAUUACCCAUCACUCCGAAAGUUAUUUACGAAAUCGUAGCCUUAACCGGACCGAACCACCACGCAGCCAUCUUCCCCUUUUGUCCGAACGUGCCGCUUAUCUCUCUCCCAAGAGAGUGUGUUAAAAACACAAUCGAACAUUUUUUUUUUCUUUUUUUUUUUUAAAUUUCGAAGUAUUGCAAGAAAAGAAUCGUAUAAUUUAUACUUUCUGGGAUUCACAAACACGCUUACGCAAAUUCGAUAUACACCGAGGACGAAGGAGCAUACUUUAUAAAGUUGAGGAUCCAGAUCGUGGAGAGUAGUUAGAGAUAGAGAGAGAGAGAGAGGAUACGAUGCCGCCGGAAACAUCGCCGGCCAAACUCGGCAGAGCUUCUUCCUCCUCUUCUUCAUCGUCAUCUUCAAGCUCAGACCGCGCUUCCGUCAAAAUCGAGGAGAUUGAAGACGGAGGCAGUUGCAGCGGCGUCGUCGUCGUCAAUGGCUCUGAAGUAGUGGAGACCAAACUAGAGUCUGCUGUUACCGACGACAACGCAGUGGCUGAAUCUUCAGGUGGUGGGAGUAAAAGCUUUGCUAGAGUAUGGACAAUGCCUGUGGAGGGUUCUUCGAGUAGCGAUAAAGCUGAAUCAUCAUCAUCAGCGUCAAAGCCUAGGUUAGAUAAAUCAAAGACUGAGAGGCAACAGCAGAAAGAGAAAGUUACUCACAUUCUCGCCGAGGACGCCGCUAAGAUUUUCGAUGACAGACUCUCUGCAGGGAAGAAGCUGAAAUUGUUGAACCGUAUAGCUACGGUGAAACAUGAUGGGACUGUUGAGUUUGAAGUUCCGGCAGAUGUUAUCCCACAGCCUAUUGCUGUAGACCGUGAAGAAGAUUCCAAAAACGGUGUUUGUCCUGAUGAGUCUAUUGAUGGGGUUGAUCUUCAGUAUAUCCCUCCUAUGCAGAUUGUGAUGCUGAUCGUUGGAACUCGUGGUGAUGUUCAGCCCUUUGUUGCAAUAGCCAAACGCCUUCAGGACUAUGGGCAUAGAGUUAGACUUGCAACUCAUGCGAAUUUCAAAGAUUUUGUUUUGACUGCUGGUUUGGAGUUUUAUCCUUUAGGUGGAGAUCCAAAAGUGCUAGCUGAGUAUAUGGUUAAGAACAAGGGGUUUUUACCAUCAGGCCCUUCAGAGAUUCCGGUUCAACGAAACCAAAUGAAGGACAUCAUAAACUCUCUGCUUCCAGCAUGUAAAGAACCUGAUCCAGAUUCUGGCAUCUCCUUUAAAGCCGACGCAAUUAUCGCCAAUCCUCCAGCAUAUGGACAUACACAUGUGGCAGAAGCACUAAGGAUACCGAUACACGUAUUUUUCACCAUGCCUUGGACGCCAACCAGUGAGUUUCCACACCCUUUGUCACGUGUCAAGCAACCAGCAGGAUACAGACUUUCGUAUCAAAUCGUGGAUUCAUUGAUCUGGCUUGGGAUAAGGGACAUGAUUAAUGAUCUUAGGAAAAAGAAACUGAAGCUGCGGCCUGUUACAUAUCUAAGUGGAACACAAAGCUCUGGCUCUAACAUUCCAUAUGGAUAUAUGUGGAGUCCUCAUCUAGUCCCAAAGCCCAAAGACUGGGGACCACAAAUAGAUGUAGUGGGAUUCUGCUUCCUUGAUCUUGCAUCAAACUAUGAACCUCCUGCAGAACUUGUGGAAUGGCUAGAAGCUGGUGACAAACCUAUUUACAUCGGCUUUGGUAGUCUCCCUGUCCAAGAACCAGAGACAAUGACUGAAAUAAUUGUGGAAGCACUUCAAAGAACCAAACAGAGAGGAAUCAUCAACAAAGGCUGGGGUGGCCUUGGAAACUUGAAAGAACCGAAGGACUUUGUUUACUUGUUGGAUAAUGUCCCACAUGACUGGUUAUUCCCAAGAUGCAAGGCAGUGGUUCAUCAUGGAGGUGCUGGAACAACGGCUGCAGGUCUUAAAGCAGCUUGCCCAACUACAAUAGUGCCUUUUUUUGGAGACCAACCUUUUUGGGGAGAACGAGUGCACGCUAGAGGAGUAGGUCCUUCACCAAUCCCAGUAGACGAAUUCUCACUCCAUAAGCUUGAAGAUGCCAUUAAUUUCAUGCUUGACGAUAAGGUGAAGAGCAGUGCAGAGACACUAGCAAAGGCGAUGAAGGACGAGGAUGGUGUGGCUGGAGCUGUGAAGGCCUUCUUCAAACAUCUUCCGAGUAUGAGACAGAAUGUUUCGGAUCCUAUCCCUGAACCAUCGAGCUUCCUAUCGUUUAGAAGAUGCUUUGGCUGUUCGUAAUUUUCUCCUCAUUGACUCUUGUGCAUUGUUGUGACCUCUUGUUGUAUGUUUGUUUUAUUUUUCAUGUUCCUUGGUUUUGGUUCUACAACAACUCACUCAGGAAAAGUUGUGAAAAAUACUUGGGAAUUUUAAUGUUUAGUUGAUGCAUAUAAAUUUUUGAUUUGUCAUAAAAC